GUGUCAUUGAGAAACAUGGCGGCCUCCACGGCAGCUGCAGGCGCUGCUGCCUCCGACUCACAAGGUCCAGCUUCUCCUGUUCCGAGCAUGGACGGACCGACCGUUCAGUACAGUUCGGUUCUGGAGCAUCUUAUCGGGGACAAGAGGACCGUUAAGGAGCUGAACCCCGCCGUUAUGGGCGGACUGCCGGUGCCUCCGAAAAGCGACGAGCAGAAGAUGAUCGAGAGAGGAAUGGAGAGCUGCGCCUUCAAGUCUCUGCUGGCCUGUGUGGGAGGCUUUGUCCUCGGAGGAGCUUUUGGUGUUUUCACUGCUGGCAUCGAUACCAAUGUUGGCUUCGACCCUAAAGAUCCUCUGAGAACUCCGACAGCACGAGAAGUCCUUAAAGACAUGGGCCAGAGGGGGAUGUCCUACGCCAAGAACUUUGCCAUUGUGGGCGCCAUGUUCUCCUGCACAGAGUGCAUCAUAGAAUCACACAGAGGUGUUUCUGACUGGAAGAACGCCGUGUACAGCGGCUGUGUGACUGGUGGAGCCAUCGGGUUUCGAGCUGGACUGAAGGCUGGAGUCCUGGGAUGUGGAGGCUUUGCUGCUUUUUCUGCAGCAAUUGAAUAUUAUUUACGGUGAACCACUAAGAAGUGAUUCUGUGGACAAGAACUUAUUUGCUGCACAUGUGGACAAAAGAAUGAGGAGCCACAGUGUGAGAAAGUCACUUCUGUGAAUAUUGACCUGCACAUGGAGGAUUGCUGUGAAAACAGACGGGAGUGUAAAGUGACACCACAGUGGACUGUCUGUAUUUUACAGUGUACUUUAGUUGGAGCAGAACAAAGCAGCCUCUUGUGGAGAAUCUCCAGAAACAGAGCAGAGUGGGUCCACUUCUAUAUCAGAGAUACAUUAAUGAUGGGAAAAUGUGAACUGAAAUCACCUUCUGAGUCAGGACCAUGUCAACUUAGACUGAGAUAAACAGUUCUGGUUGCAGAGCACUGCUGUGACGUGUCAGUGUUAUUUAUAUUAAAGAUGUUUUUGUUAACUGGUUCAUUCAGAACUUUUUUUGAUGUAGUUAACAAAAGUCUAUAAUCAGAGAAUUUGGCUUCAUUUUCGUUUCACUCAAUGUCAAUCUCAUCUGAAUUUGCAGCCGCUCUCAACCUUAAAGCUUCAUUGUUUUCCUUGUUGAGCCGUCAGACCUGCCACUUCUCUGUUGUGAUGCGUUCAUAUUUUUUUAGUGUAGUAUUUUUUAUUUGUAUUUUUUAAGUAGCUGCUGCUGUUUGUAGAGUCAUCAGGUCCAUCUAUGAUCUGUUCCCCAAGGAAGAACUUAGUUGACACACAGCAGAGAUUCACAACAACGUCAGCUCAGACAGAGGUGUUUGUUAAAACAGAACAUCUGGAUUAUUUUUUUAUCCAGUUAGUCAUACAACUGAGAGUGUCCUUUCAGGAGCUGUAGUAAAGACCAGACCACAAUUCACAAAAUAUUUUACCACUUGGUUUAAUCUAUGAUUUAAAUUUCAUUGAAGCUGUUGGUUUUUAAGCCUCAAUAAAUAAUAUGCCAUGA